CAGUGGGCGGAGUCAGUGACGUUUCAAAAUACUGGCAUGUCUGUUUUUUUUGUUUGUUUUUUAGAGCUGUCGCUCAGCUGACGGUGACGCAUCACGGCUGUAGGAGGGGAGGCACGAUCGAGAGACAGAUAUAGAAGCGGGAAGAACCCGCACGGUCUCAUAAAUGACACACAGCGACCUGAGACGAAGCGUAAGAAUAUAACAGAAUCGCGUGAGACAUCCAUUACAUCUGUUAUAGUCACUGGUGUUCGCGAAGGAUCCGUGUCUUUGGCACGAGCUGUCACCCAGUGCAUUCCAGCGGUUGCCUAGGCAACAUAAUUCAGCCUUGUUUAUUUAGUGAGCGGACGAGGAGGGAAGCACCGGUCCUUCUUGGUGGACACUUCUAAAAAAGUGGGUGCAGUGAGGACGGCAAGACAUGGUGGAUUACUAUGACAUUCUGGGAGUGUCACGUAGCGCCUCUCCAGAUGACAUCAAAAAAGCAUACAGGAAGCAGGCCUUGCGGUGGCACCCAGACAAGAAUCCAGACAACAAGGAGGAGGCAGAGAGAAAAUUCAAGGAAAUUGCAGAGGCCUAUGAAGUUCUGUCAGACAGAAGCAAACGAGAAGCAUAUGAUGCUUAUGGCAAAGGUGGCAUGCCAAGCUCAGGCUCUGGUGGUGGCACUUUUUCCGACGACUUCCCAGAAUUCAGCUUUACAUUCCGCAGCCCAGACGAGGUGUUUCGGGAGUUCUUCGGAGGCCAGGAUCCAUUCGCUGACUUCUUCGAUGAUUUCUCGUUUGGUGGCAUGCACAGUGGGAUGCGCAGCGCUUUUCAUGGACACCAUGGCCCCUCCAGACUUGGAACCAGCCGCUUCUUCUCAUUUCCCUCAGCAGAUGUUGACUUCACCACCUUCUCUUCUUCCUCAUUGGGAGGCUUUGGGACCGGAGGGGGGAAUUUUAAGUCUGUGUCCACUUCCACACGGGUUGUCAAUGGGAAACGUACCACAACAAAAAAGAUCAGAGAGAAUGGGCAGGAGAGAACAGAGAUUGAGGAAGAUGGGGUUCUGAAGUCUGUCCUAAUUAAUGGUGUAGAAGAUGAGAUGGCUCUAGCUCUGGAACUCAGCCGCAGGGAACAGUCUAGGCAGCCUCAGCAGACAGAACAGCGUCAGCUCCCUGCCAACGCUGCCCACUCUAAUCUGGCCAAUCACAACCCCCGAAACAGCACCCAGCGCUCCUUCAGCUCCGCCCCUUUCUUCAAUUACCCCAGUGACAAUGAUGAGGAGGAUGAAGAGCUGCAGAUGGCACUGGCGUACAGCCUGUCCGAGAUGGAGGCCCAGCAGCGGGCAGCCGCCUCCACCCAGGACAUGAUCUCAGAGUCUGACUUCCAGGCCUUCACAGGCUGAGUGCUCACCAUGUCCCCCCCUUCUCUCCCCCUGAGGUGAAGAGCUCCCACGUGCUCUGCUCUCCCUCUGGCUCUGCUGCUGCUCAGAAUCUUUUCAAAGUUUUAUUUGGAAAAAUACAACAAGACAAACAGGUCAAUAUAUUUGUUAAGAAUGUGUGGGUUUGUGAGUGUGCGUGUCAAAAUCUCUAGAUGAAAGACUGGAAAUUUAUUAAACAAUAUGCUGAUGUCCAUGAAGUUUGUCAAAGCCCAUCUGUAGAAUGUUAUCAUGUCUUACGUAGAAAGUUACUGGGCAGCAUUUUGAGUCAUGUACUCUGUUACGUAUGCAGUGAAUGUAUGCUGUUUUUAGAGCACAAGAUUCAAAAUCAUCCUAAAGAUAAAGAUGAAACAUUUGUUCAAUGGGUUUUUAUGUUUUUAUGUUUGGAAAUGCAUCCUGACUUGUGGAAGCUUGCAACUAGUACAUGCUUACCUGUCAAUGAAUCCCAAAAACCUUUGAUUGAAACCGAACUGAACAAAACUUGACGUUCACUACUGUGCAUUCAGACACAUUCAGAAAAUAACACUAUAAACCCUUGCUACCUUAUUACAUAAGAAAUAAAAGAUGAUGGGGAUGUACAGUUGUAGGAAAAAAAAUAAUCAAUGACAGGGUGGUUGUCACUCCAGAGUUGAAUAUUUUUCUCUAACAAAAUGUCCUGAAGUGUUUUAUUCCUCUUAUACUACAGCAAUUUGCCAACAAUUACAAUUGUUAAUGUAUUAAUGAAUGACACUUUGAACUUUUAUCCAUUUGUGGAUACAUGUAAUCAGGCACUUUUCUGUUAUAGCAGUUUCCUGACCUACCAAUAAGUCAUAAAUCUGGUGCUUGUCAUAUUAGCAUAUUAUCAAGCUGGCAUGGUGGGAAACUUACUGGCCGUUACAAAGCACGAAACCCGAGACUCCUUAUACAAAUAUUAAAUAAGUUCUAGUUACAGCCUCACUGUAUGAAUGAUUGUACAUUGUUGUUAAAUAGCAACAUAUUUUAAUCUAUUUAUAUAUUAGUGUUAGAUUAUGUGUAGCAUGCACCAUAUAAGAUGCUGUGAAUGAGUUACUAGAGUACUGUGCAAACGUUUCAGGCACCCUAUUUUAUUUUUAGUACAAACUUUGUUAUAGAUUUUUUUUUUAUUUUAUGACUUCAUUAUCAAGUCAAUACAAAAAACAUUUUAGAUUCAUAAACAUUAGUUUUCUAACACAAAAUUAAAUGUUUGUAUGUCAGUAAAGAAAGCAGCAUGUUACGUAAGAGAAAACUUUUCAGACAAAAAAAAAGCACAAUGAAGGCUGCUGGAUUUUGCUUCAAAAAUCAGAAGCAAAUGCAACAGGCAUAGUCUCCAGAACAACCGUGGCUGCUUCUGCAAGAUGCUCAAUAAAACUUACAGCUCAUUUCCUUAUAAAGCUGCAUUAAUUGUACCGGAGACUACUAUUUUUAUUUUUUGUCACACCAAAUAUUGACUUUGUUUCAUUUAUUACUGUUUACUGCUCUUGUGGUAUUUUUUAAAUGUAGAAACAUUUAAUUUCAUAAUUUUUAAGACAAGUUUGCUCUAUGGCAUUUCUUUGCAUGUGUAUAAAACCUUUGCACAGUACUGUAUAUGUUACUAUAGAAAAGAUAAUGUGUUAGAAUGAGUGCAUUAAUAUGCACCUUAAAGCUAGCACUGUUGUCAGAGCUGCUAUUGUAGAUAAUUAAGCAGUCUUCUGACCAAUCUGAUAUAAGAAUUCAACAGCAUUGUGGUAUAAAUUAGUUUAUCACUCUUUCAUCACAGUCAGCCAUGUCAGUCCUGAAGCAGCCUGUAUGAUAAUAUAGUGUAUGUACAAAUGAAAGACGGGACAGCAUAAAUACCUCACACCAUGCUGCUGCACCACACUACAUUUAAUUCAGAACAAUGUAAAAAUUAUAGUCAUAUAUUUCUGUUUUUUAUAUAAUUUUUCCACGUUUGCUACAGGAAUAAACAAAUAGAAUUAUCAAUGAAUUAUUUACAAUAAUCACACGACGGAAGGUCAUAAAGAACACAAGGAAAAGCGAGCACAUUGAGUGAUGGAUAUUACACUUUGCGCUGUGAAACACUAACCAGGCAGUAAAUUACACUCCAAAGGGAGUGUUCCUAUGUUCAGGCUUUAGUACUGUACAUACAUAUAAUCACCAUGUUUGCCUGAAAAGGUAACUAAAUGGGUUCUGAUGAUGGAGUAAUAUUGUAUUUUCUGGCAACAUCCAUUUGCAGGAAAAAAGAUAUACUUGAAUUUGCCAUGCUGACUUUAGGUCCAUUUGUAUUAGUACCUGAAGCUUAUGUAAUGUUUCAGCUGACCUUUUACACAGCUAUGACUGAUGCACACAAAUCUCUGACCAUUAUACUGCAUAACCAAUGGCAAAUAUUUCAUGUAGCCUUCCCUGCUUUUUAAAUGAAUAAGGCCAUGGUUAGAAAUGUAUUCUAAUAUUUCUCAGGCUUGGUUCAGUCUGUGUAAUUGAUGCCUUGUGUGAGUGUGUGUGAGGAGAGGGCAAGAUGCAUAUGAAUAGAGUGCCACACUGCAGAAUGGCUCACUGUGG